AUGUCAUCCGAAACGCCACCCAACUUCUGGGGCGACAUGCCGGAGGAGGAGUACUAUGCAUCACAAGGAGUGACCAAUACCCAAUCAUACUUCGAGACGCCAAAUGGGAAGCUCUUCACGCAGGGUUUUCUCCCGUUGGAUAAAAAAGUCAAAGCUACGGUAUUUACGACGCACGGCUAUGGAUCUGACACUGGCUGGUUGUUUCAGAAGAUUUGCAUCAGCUUUGCUAACUGGGGUUAUGCUGUUUUUGGUGCUGAUCUUCUUGGACAUGGCAGAUCAGACGGUUUACGUUGCUACAUGGGUGAGAUGGAGAAAAUUGCUGCCACGUCCCUGUCGUUCUUCAAGCACGUGCGCUUCAGCGAACCAUACAAGGACUUACCCGCGUUCUUAUUUGGUGAGUCAAUGGGAGGACUAGCGACCAUGCUAAUGUACUUCCAAUCAGAACCUAACACGUGGACGGGCUUGAUUUUCUCGGCUCCCCUUUUUGUCAUACCGGAACCGAUGAAACCAAGCAAGGUGCACCUAUUCAUGUAUGGUCUGCUCUUUGGAUUAGCUGACACGUGGGCAGCCAUGCCGGACAACAAAAUGGUAGGCAAAGCUAUCAGGGACCCAGAGAAACUCAAGAUAAUAGCAUCCAACCCCAGGAGAUACACAGGCAAGCCUAGGGUGGGAACCAUGAGGGAACUUGCUAGGAUGUGCCAGUACGUACAGGACAAUUUCUCCAAGGUCACGGCGCCGUUUUUGACGGUCCACGGCACGGCGGAUGGGUUGGCAUGCCCUGCAUCAUCGCAGUUGUUGUUCGAGAAAGCCUCUAGUGAAGAUAAGAGCUUGAAGAUUUAUGAGGGAAUGUACCAUUCUUUGAUACAAGGUGAGUCUGAUGAGAAUGCUAAUCUCGUUUUGAAGGAUAUGAGAGAGUGGAUUGAUGAGAGGGUUGAGAGGUAUGGGUCCAAAAAAAGCGAUGACUGA